CCCACAAAUUAAUUGAUCUGCUUCCUCCUCCCCUCCUCUCAUGUCAUUGUCCUGCAAUACACGAGGAGCAAAGAGUUGUGUGUAAUCCUCCUCCUACUCUGGGUCAGCUCUUAAUCCCUUCAACUUCCGUCGGUUGGACGCCACCGGAAGCCAAUCCCUGUUUGGUGUUUUACCCCCAAUUUUGUCAGAUUUUUUGGAGCGAAACCACGAGCUGUUUGAAGUGUUCGGCUUCGGAAUCUCUUUCUUGGAGUUCUAGGAAUGGGGUUUUGAUACAAAGAUUGAAGCCUUUUUGUUAGCGUUGGUGCAAAGAUUGUAUUGUAUUGUUUUUUUUUUCUGCGAUGGGUGGAGGCGUCACGGAGCGGCUCCCGGAGGGCAGCAGCGAGCCGCUGCUCCCGACGAAGCGGGAGGGCGGCGGCGGCGGCGGCGAGUUCGCCGGCGCGGUGUUCAACCUGUCGACGACCAUCGUCGGGGCCGGAAUCAUGGCGCUGCCGGCCACGAUGAAGGUGCUGGGGCUCGCCCCGGGGCUCGUCGCGAUCUUGCUCGCCGCGCUCCUCACCGACGCCUCCAUCGAGCUGCUCGUCCGGUCCAGCCGCGCCGCCGGCGCGCCGUCGUACGGCGCCGUCAUGGGGGACGCGUUCGGGUGGUGGGGGAGGCGGCUGCUCCAGGUCUGCGUCGUCGUCAACAACAUCGGCGUCAUGAUCGUCUACAUGAUCAUCAUCGGUGAUGUGCUAUCUGGAACCUCCUCUGGUGGUGAGCACCAUUAUGGUGUUUUAGAAGGAUGGUUUGGGCCACAAUGGUGGAACGGGCGUUUCUUUGUCCUCCUGGUUACAACUCUUGUUGUAUUUACUCCACUGGCAUGUUUGAAGCGUGUCGAUUCACUGAGUUACACAUCUGCCAUAUCCGUUGCUCUGGCAGUUGUUUUUGUUAUUAUUACUGCAGGAAUUGCUAUUGUCAAGUUGAUAAAGGGACAAAUUCCAAUGCCUAAGUUGUUUCCUGAUGUUCCCGACUUGGCAUCUAUUUGGGAACUUUUCACAGCAGUGCCAGUUCUUGUCACUGCUUAUGUUUGCCAUUAUAAUGUCCACCCAAUUCAUAACGAGCUGAAGGACCCUUCUCAGAUUAAGCCAAUAGUACACACAUCAUUGGUUCUAUGCUCAACUGUCUAUAUCACAACAAGUUUCUUUGGAUAUCUCCUCUUUGGUGAAUCUACGCUGUCUGAUGUGCUCGCCAACUUCGACUCCAAUCUUGGUAUUCCAUACAGUCAGAUGCUAAAUGAUGCUGUUAGAGUGAGCUAUGCUGUUCACCUUAUGCUUGUGUUCCCCAUGAUAUUCCAUGCACUACGGCUUAAUUUGGAUGGGCUUCUCUUUUCCUCAUCAAGUCCUCUGUCUUCCGACAACCGAAGAUUUUCUGUAAUGACAGCGGUACUUCUCCUAGUUAUUUUCCUAUCAGCGAAUUUCAUUCCGAGCAUCUGGGAUGCCUUCCAAUUUACUGGUGCAACUGCUGCUGUGUGUAUCGCCUUCAUUUUUCCAGCCGCGAUCACUCUAAGGGAUCCACACAGUAUAGCAAAGAAGUGGGACAAAAUCCUGUCCAUCUUCAUGAUUGUUCUUGCAAUUGUAUCAAACGUAGUAGCUGUGUAUAGCGAUGCAUAUUCAAUGUUCCACAGGAAAAGUUCCCCUUCCAUAGCCUGAUAUUCCAAAAUCCUAUUGGCGAGUCAGUGGAUUCUUUAUCUGAAAGAUGGCUUGUACAUUAGCUAGCAAAUAAAAUCAUUAUUUAGGCAAGUAUUUACGGGAUUUAUUUUACGGUUUAUUUGGCAAACAACCCUUGACUCAAUUAUGUUGAGUUGGAUGUAUCUAUAGGAUGGGUGUGUAAACUUUGGUCCGAAGUGUUUUAGUCCAAUGUACAAUUCAAGAUCAAUUUGAAUCAAAUGUGAAUUAUGGAGUUAUUAUUGUAACAAAAGAUAAACAAUUAUUUUUUCGAAUGUAAAUCACUGAAAUGGCAACUCUGUUCAUGCA